AUGUAUUCGUCUAAGUACAGCUUUGAUCAUCCAUCGAAAGUCAUGAUUACUUGGGAAAUUUCGUCUACUGCUUCGGGUUUUGAUAACCAGGCUUAUGCUCGCGAGUUAAGAUCUAUGUUGAAUUCAUAUCGCCAGGAUAUGGAUCAAAAAGAAAUAUCUGAUUAUCGUUAUCCAUGCAAGUUACUUAUGGAUCUUGCUAUCGACGAGUGGACCUUGCGGACAUAUAAUCCUGUAAUCGAAGAUCUUGAUUCUGCGUAUUAUAUAUCUAUUCUUGAUCAGAAGUUUUUGAUCAAAGGAGGUUCUGAUCAUGUUAAUUCGAGCGAUCAUGCUCACAAGACCUUUCUUUGGGAUUUUGCGAGGAAGGCUUGGAUUAUAAAUAAAGAAUCUAAUGGUUUCAAUGAAGAUAAUGAGUCUGAUAAUACCGAGGUGCUAUCUGGCCAUGGUACUGAUGAUGAUUAUGGUUUUGAGGAUUACAUGGGGUCUGAUGCUGAGUCGCAUGAUGAUACCGAUGAUAUGGACCAAACAGAUGAAUAUGAUUCUGAAGAUGAUUUUAUUGACGACGGUGAGUCUUGUGAAGGAUCUGAUGGUUCAAGUGAUAACUCGGAAGGUGAUAGUGGUGAUGAUGAAGAUGAAGAUGAUGACGAUGCUGAUUCGACUGAUGAUGAUGAGGAUGAUGAUGAAGAUGUUAUGUUGGAUGAUGAGACUGAGAGUGACGAUGAUAGUGAGGAUCACCAAAACGUCGAACCGAAUGAUAUACUCAUCGAAAGAAUAUUAGUAUAUCGGGAUACCCAGAAUUUGGGUGGUGUACUUAUACAGUUUUCUCUUGGUUCAAUGUGUUUUGGGAGGGUGGUGUGUCCCGUUAGAGACCUUCCAAAGAUGUUGACUAUCUUGGUGUUAAAAUUCAGGCCACUGUUAGAGAUGGUGAGAUCGAUGUUGCAGCGUCUCGCAUAG